AUGCCCAUUUUGUGCCCACUGGGCACCCCGCUGACCCCCCCCGCCCGCCCCAGGGUGCAGCUGGCCGUCAACCGCCGCACCGAGGAAGCCGUGGCCGUGAAAAUCGUGGACAUGAAGCGAGCGGCCGACUGCCCAGAGAACAUCAAGAAGGAAAUCUGCAUCAACAAGAUGCUCAACCAUGAGAACGUCGUCAAAUUUUACGGGCACAGGCGGGAAGGUGCCACGCAAUACCUCUUCCUGGAGUACUGCAGCGGCGGCGAGCUCUUCGACCGCAUCGAGCCGGAUAUCGGGAUGCCGGAGCCAGAGGCACAGCGUUUCUUCCAGCAGCUGAUCGCCGGCGUGGUCUAUCUGCACAGCAUCGGCAUCACCCACCGUGACCUGAAGCCGGAGAACCUGCUGCUGGAUGAGCGAGAUAACCUGAAAAUCUCUGAUUUUGGCUUGGCCACCGUCUUCAAGCACAACGGCCGGGAGCGGCUGCUCAACAAGAUGUGCGGCACCCUGCCCUACGUGGCCCCCGAGCUGCUGCGGCGCCCCGAGUUCAGGGCUGAGCCCGUCGACGUCUGGGCUUGCGGCGUGGUGCUGACCGCCAUGCUGGCCGGAGAACUGCCCUGGGACCAGCCCAGCGAUAGCUGCCAGGAAUACAGCGACUGGAAGGAGAGAAAAACCUACCUCCCACCUUGGAAGAAGAUCGAUUCAGCACCCUUAGCUUUGCUGCACAAGAUCCUGACGGAGAGCCCGACGGCGAGGAUCACCAUCCCCGACAUCAAGAAGGACCGGUGGUACAGCAAACCCCUCAAAAAGGGCGUCAAGCGGGCUCGCAUGUCCUCGGGGGGGGUUGCUGACUCCCCUGGUGGCUUCUCCAAGCACGUCCGAUCCGAUAUGGACUUCUCGCCGGUGAAGAGCAUGCUCGGCGAGGAGAAAGCAAGCUACUCCACGUCCCAACCGGAGCCCGGCACCGGCGGGACGCUCUGGGAGAGCGGGGCGGCCAGCAUCGACAAACUCGUGCAGGGCAUCAGCUUCUCCCAGCCCGCCUGCCCCGACCACAUGCUGGUCAACAGCCAGCUCCUCGGCACCCCAGGCUCUUCCCAGAGCCCGUGGCAGCGGCUGGUGAAGCGGAUGACGCGCUUCUUCACCAAACUGGACGCUGACGGCUCGUACCGCGCCCUGAAAGAGGUCUGUGAGAAGAUGGGGUACGGCUGGAAGAAAAGCUGCACGAACCAGGUCACCAUCUCGACCACGGACAGGAGGAACAACAAACUCAUCUUCAAGGUGAACCUGGUGGAGAUGGAGAGCAAGAUUUUGGUGGACUUUCGCCUCUCCAAGGGCGACGGCCUGGAGUUCAAGAGACAUUUCCUGAAAAUCAAGGGCAAGCUCAGCGACAUCGUCAGCACCCAGAAAGUCUGGCUGCCCGCCACCUGA